UCACCACAUUGUACUAUGUCAAUUAGCUUGAAUUGAUAAGUCAAUUGAUUUUCCAAUCCAACGUUGAUAUGGCUUCUCCUCAGCACCAUGUGGUAGUUUUCCCCUUCAUGGCUCAAGGCCACAUUCUGCCACUGUUGGACAUGUCUAUGGCCAUUUCGGGAUUCGGGGUCAACGUCACAAUCAUCACAACCCCAUCGAAUGCCCCGAAGAUCCGAUCAAAUGUCUCGACGGACCCGAAUAUUGUCCUCUUCAUCCUCCCGUUCCCUAGAGCUGAGGGCAUCCCCCCGGGCUGUGAGAACACUGCCGAUCUCCCUUCCAUGGACCUCUUCUUCCCUUUCAUGGUUGCGACUAAGUCUCUCAGGCAGCCCUUUGAGGAUUUCCUGAAGAACACGUGCGAGACCGGCUGUGCCCCCCUGUGCGUAAUCUCGGACUUUUUCCUGGAAUGGACGCUUGACGUAUGUAACUUAUUUGGGAUUCCUAGAAUAGUGUUCCAUGGUAAUGGUGUCCUCACUAGGUCUAUCUACAAAGCUUCUUUUCGGAAUGCCCUUGCAUCAGAGGGCAUUAGUGGUGAGCACCAUCCUGAGGAUUCUCGCCCUCUCGAUCUGAAACUCCUGGGCAUAAGCCUUCCAUUCACGGUGUACGGGUCUGAUAUUCCUACCCUGAAGUCAGUGAGGGAUACUAAAAAUCCGUGGCGAAGAGCCAUGGCAGAGAUCGCAAAAUCAGAGGAGAACAGCUGGGGUGUUCUAAUGAAUAGCUUUGAAGGACUGGAGGGAGACUAUGUUGCUUCACUGGAAAGCUUCAACAUUGAUGGGGCCAGGGCUUGGUGUGUGGGCCCAGGGAUGCUAUGGAAGCGGGGUGACCAAUCUGAUAUCGUCCGUGGAGAUUACAAGUCCUAUUCACACAUGGAGUGGCUUGACGGCAAGUCGCUGGAAGGGGACGGCGUGAUUUAUGUGUCUUUUGGGUCACAGAGUCACCUGUCCGAUGAGCAGAUGGAUGAGAUUGCGCGAGGGCUAGAGAUGUCAGGGAAGGCAUUCGUUUGGGUGGUCAGGUCGACAAGUUGGGCGUGCUCCGACAUAGGAUGGGAAGAAAGGUUGAGGGACAAAGGAUUGGUGGUGCGCGACUGGGUGCACCAACAGGCCAUCCUAUCACACCCUUCGGUGCAGGGGUUUAUGAGCCACUGUGGAUGGAAUUCGGUGCUUGAGAGCUUAUGCUCGGGGGUGCCGAUAUUGGCUUGGCCGUUGAAUUAUGAUCAGCCGCUAAAUGCUCGGAUUGUGGCUAAGGGGUUUGGGGCCGGAAUCAUGCUCAAGGAGGAAGGGGGUGUUGGAGGGAAAAUCGAGGCCGAUUCGAUAUCGGAGGGGGUAAAGGAAUUGAUGGGGGGAGAGAGUGGAAGGAAGGCCAGGGAGAGGGCAGAGGAGAUAGCGAGGAUGGCAAGGGAAGCAGUGGAAAUUGGUGGGUCUUCUUAUAAAAAGUUGGAUGAAUUGAUUCGGUGUCUGAAGAAGGAGAAAGGCAAGAGAGAAGGGUUUGAAUGUUCAAUGUAAUUAGGAGCACGAAAAAUAAUCAUGACAAUAAUUAAAGGUCCUAAACUUCCCCAAGUUUUAGGAAGUUUCUUUGGUGUAAUCAUAUUAUAUUGUGUUACUAGGGUUCA